AAACAUCACCAAGCAACCUCCACCUUCUGCCACCUUUCGAAUGGGCUCUCGCCAAUGAACCCUCCCUUCACUUGAUAUAACCACCCUCCCUCCAACACGUCUUUAUUAUCGCCUUUGGUAGAGCUCGCCUUGUCGCUCUAGCCCUGCCGGUAACCAGCGAUUUUCCGCCGUUUUAUUUUAGGGGGAAAAAGAUCAAUAUCAUAGCUAUUCGGGGCUGCCGAUCCCUACCGGUUGUUAUAUUAUCCAACCCUACCGUGAUCUAUAAUAAUCCCCCAAUCCCGUGAUAAGAAAGGGAAAGGGAGAAGUGAGGAAGAGAGGCAUCCACCAUUGUAUCAUAUCAACCUUUCACCCCCCCCCUUAACCCGCGCAUUUUAAAACGAGAGCGUGUCGAUCCCCGCGUGCUCCCUUCCUCGUGAGGCUCUAACGGUGACCUCCGGGACCGCACUAAUCUCAACCCUUCCUACCUUCCCUGACCGCUUGUCCUACACACAUCACUGUCUUUCCGCCCCACCAUCACAAGCACACGCAACAGGAGAGAGUAAGAGACCGCAACAACAACAACCAUGACCAACCAAACCGACCCCUCUACCGCCCACAACAACAGAUCCGGCGCCGUCGAAGAAGACACGGAAAUGGAGAACCAGACUUCCAGCUUCCAAACCAGCAGUAGUACCAUUCCCGACGUACCCGGCAGUCUGGUCGGAAUCACUCAACCGGUACCACCGCCGGUGCCAAAGAAAGACCGCACGCUAAGGGAAUUCCUUGGAAUGAUGGAGGAGUAUGCUCCUAUCGUAACCCCCCUCCCCCCUCCACCCUCCCUGCCGUUUCGUGGCUAUAAAGCUAACGGAAGAGUAAUACCCAGAUCCCUGACGCGGUAACAAACUACUACCUCUCUCUCUCGGGCCUCAACACCAGCGAUCCCCGUCUGAAGCGGCUGCUCGCGCUCGCCACACAAAAGUUCAUCGCGGACAUCGCCACGGAUGCGUACCAGUACUCGCGCAUUCGCCAGAGUUCUUCGAAUACUGGCGGGGGGAUCCCCGGCGUUGGCGCGUUGACUGGUGCGGCCGGCAGUGUUGGCGGCGUGGCUGGGGGCGCUGGUACUGCACUAAGGCCCACUGCUAGGCCUGGGUAUGGCGGGGGUGGGGGAGGGGGUGGUAGUGCCGGGAGGACGGUGUUGACUAUGGAGGAUUUGGGAAGUGCGGUUGGGGAGUAUGGGGUGAAUACUAGGAGGCCAGAGUUUUACAGGUAGAGGAGGAUGCGGUGACUUUAUGAAUUUUCACAACUCGGGAUACACAGCUAGCUGGAAGUGUUUUUCGCUCUUUGUUUUUUUCAUUUUCAUUUUCAUUUCUAGCUCUACAGCUCCUUUUUGUUUUCCUCGUUAUGCUCGUUAUGCUUCCCUUUCCCCCUUCCACACCUCUUUCUCGUGUUAACACGACACGCCGGAUAUAUAAUCGCAUUCCUACGAGGCAUUGACUGGCUGGCGGCUGUAUUUUAUAUCAAAUUGUUCAAUUGUACUCUAUCAUAACGCUCUCAAUUGCGGUGGCUGAUUGAGCUGCUGCAUAAA